GAUGGAAGUGACGAUAUGCCCGUGGCUUUUGAGUGGAAACACCAUCGAACGAAAUACAUUCACCAUUCAGUUACUUUUGAGUUUUCGUUGAGAGAGGUCGAAUAUUUUGUUGGCUCUCUGUUUUCUAAAUAAAAACCGUGAAAUACAUUCGUACCAAUUUUAGAGCAAUAUUUUGUUAAUUUCCAACACACGAGAGGUUUUUCUUUUUUUUCCUACAUUUCACCUCUCCUUUGAGUGUCACUUCACGAGAAAAUUUAAUUGGUUUUCCCCAGAGUGGUGUAUAGUGUUAUAAAAAAAGUUAGUAUUUUCCCAAGAAAAGGAUUUAUUUUUAAGUCACUCGGAGAACGAAAGUGAAAGAAAAUGGAGUAAAUAGAGUGAAACCGACAAUAGGAAUGUUAAUUCUUUUAUAAUUAUCAACAAGAGUUAUCACAACUUGAGUGCCGAAAAGAAAAUUUCACUGUGUAUCUUAAGUUAAUAUAACUUUGUUGGAAAAUGCAUCCUACAAUUGUGACUAUUUUGCUGAAUGUUGCCCUAUUCACUGGCAAUAUUUUGGUGUCAUCGUCAUCUAUUAAGAUGGAAAGUGAAAAUGGGAUUUUUCUCAACAGAGAACUUAAGCGGCCCUGGGACUCUGACAACCUAUCAUCCGAUGAUAUUCGAUGCUACUGCAACCUGCCCAUUUGCAUCACAACGAGCUACAUGUGCAGAACAGCAGCCAAUGGUGGCUGCUUCAGUGAAGUCAAAGAAUUGGCCGAUGACGAUGACCUGCCAGCUCGACAUGGUUGCAUGGAAUUGCUGGGAGACAAAGAUAAACACUUGAAGUGCAAUUUGGAAGGUGGAAGGCACCAUCAAAUCAGAUCUUCAACAGCGCUUCUGACAUGCUGCCAAGAAGAUAUGUGCAAUCAUAUCGAUAAUCCAGAUAACAAGAGAUUCAAGUCUGAUUCAAGAAACAGAGAAGGUGAUCAUCAUCGAGGAAGUCAGUCAACAGAAGACUUUCACAUGCACCAUGACGUAGACUCAGGAGAAUCCAGGCCAGUAUAUCCUGCCAAUGGUGAGAGUCAAGAUGAAGUAUGGUUCAAAGCUGCUACAAUAGCCAUCACAGUUUGCGGUGCCAUCAUCCUCUUCGUCCUGAUCGCUGCGGCUAUUAGGAUGCUGCGUUCCGAUGGUCAUGGCAUGGACUCAGCAUCGAAACUGGGCACUGGAAGUAGUCCCAGUUGCAAUGGUCGCAAGAUCAUUCUGGACUUUGGUGAUGCCUACAAUCAAGUGUAUGGUGGCAGUUCUCAGCAGAGUAACAUCAAGCAUGUGCCUCUGCUAAAGAUGGACGAUGGUCUACCGCCAUCGUAUACAAUCUACCCACCGCCAAAUCACCAUCAAUUGCAGAAUUUCCAGCAAAAUCCCAAAGUCAGCAGCGACUCGAAGAACGAGGCGCAGGCCAAGAAGAAUCAAAUCAAGAGUCUCGAGUACACUCUCCUGCCGCAGAGUUGUCAUGAGGGUCAUCAGAAGCCCAUCAACACAGACGUUGUCACAAGUCCGUCAUAUAGGGAUGUGAAUCUCAGUCCUACUCCACAUGGGCGAACUCAUCCUGAAAUUGCCAUGGACAACAAGACGUACGAGAAGGAUAUGCUGACGGCUGUUCCUGCCAAUUGGACAAACAAUCCCACCAGCAAUCCGUACGGAGUGUAGAGGCAAAUCACUUUAUUAAUUUCUUCGAUGUCCAUUACAAUUCUAUUGCCUACGAUCGAACCACUAUCUCCUCUUUGCGACAAUUCUUCAGCGGCAACAUCAACAGGAUUUUACUUUGCCUUUGUAAAUAUUUUUAUCUAUUUAUGUUUUAUAUAAUGCGAACGAAAGAAUAUUCAAUUUUUUUGGAGUUUACAGUCACAGAAAGUCAGAGAAAAGGAUUUUAAAAAAAAUUUUAAAAAGUUUUAUUAUUUAAAAUAAAAUCUUGUGUACUUGGAAUUGAAUCAGCAGCAGUGAAUGAAAAUUUACAAAUUUAAAUAUUUGUUUGAUCUUUGUUUUUAUAUCAACCUCCAUAUGUCCAUCACCAUCUUAACGUUGAUAUAAACCCUACAGGAUAAAACUGGAAAUUGUUUUAUUUGAUUUUUAGAAUUUUAUUAAUUUUAUAGUAAAAACUUGUACGAGACUUACGUAAGAUUUCCGAGGAUCACAAGUAAUUGACGAAUUCCUCUCGAAUUUCGACAGAAAUAUUCCUUCUAUUUUGCUCUCACUAUACCUCUGAAAUUUAUACGUUACAUCACAAUUUAAUAUAUGAACACAUCCCACUUCUGAAUUUGUAAGCCCUAAUAGGGGUCAUUUAAAAUGGCUUACAAAUUCAGAAGUGGAAUCAAUCCAAAUUUUCAAAAAUUGACCACGGUUAAUUUCAAUACAUUACAUUUAUAAUAGCAAAUUAUAUUAAUUGAACAAUUAACAACAGAAGUAAAUUAGUGUGCAAAAAAUCGAAUUCAUCGGUUUAAGAGAAGUGAGUAAAAAUUCAAUUUAAAUUGAAAAAUAUGUUAAAACUAAAUUCCAACAAAAAGAAAAUUUUCCAAAAGAAUCUUAGAAUAUUAUAAACUUGUCAUAAAUCCACCUUAAUUUUUUCUUAAUCACAAGAUUGAUACAAUUUUCCUUUAUCUGCAUCUGUGACUGCAAAAUUAUUGUAUAUACCUAAUAUUUUAAAUUUCUUUGGAAUUCACAAAAAGCAAAAUUUCAUUAGUCUUCAAAUUUUGAAAUUUUGUUCACAAAAGAGAGAUGUGUUUAGUGUUUCUUCAUUUAAAAAAAAAAAAAAAUGAUUGUUUCUCGUGUUUAAGUGACAAGUAACAUUAGGCUAAAUAAUUUAUCCACAACAAAAAGGAAGAAAAAAUCUUAUUCUUUUUUUUUCAUUGAAAUGAGAGACUGUUUAAUUUGUAAUUAAUUAACAAAAUCUAUUAGAAUUCUCUAAGCUCAUGUUUUUUUUGUACUUGCAAAUAUAAAUCAUUUUAUCACGCAAAAAAUGGGAAAAAUAUUUAUUUCGUAUUCAUUCAACUCUAUGCACAUUGUAACGUGUUUUUUUCUAUUUAACGUUAAGUUGAAACUCAUUUUUUUCUACCUAGACAAUUUAUAAUUUUUCUUCUUAAUAAUAAUUAUCAUCAAACUCAAGAAAUUGCCAGUUAAAUAAAGAAUGCGAAUAGAAAGGGAAAAAUGAGAAGAUGAAACAAGAAAAUUUCUCUUAAUCAGGCUGUGAAUUCAAUAAAGGCCUUUUUCUUCGAAUUUCUGUAAUGAGAAGUUUUCGACAAAUAAAUAAAUAAAUGCUAUUUAUAUCGAAAGUCCAAUAAAUAGCCUAAUAAAUAGUAAAACUUAUAAAUGAAUCUUUGAUAAAAAAAAUAAAUAAAAUAACAAUAUUUGUCAAUAUGAGAAAUUAUGUAUAGCAAAAAGAAACAGAAAAUGGAAAAGAAAGUGACUAAAUGCAUGUGGCCUUUUUCUCUAUAUAAAUUUCCUUUUUCUCUCAAACAUUAUAUAGUGACUUAUUAUAAAUAGAAAGAAACUAUAUUAAAAAUAAAAGUAAUACAUGAAAAAAAAACAGAAUAGAACUUGUGCCUAAUAGAAUUAUAUGAGCUUUUGUGGCAAAAUUCCCUCACUUUAUACACAUUUAUAAAUUAAUUAAAUGAAGAAGAAAAACAAAAACAACUGAAAAAUAGUAAAAAUAUAUUAGCCACAAAAUAUAUUGUGAUAUAUGUAUAAUAAAUAUUAAUUACAUGCUCCGCAUUCUUCAGCAUUGAACGAGCAACAAAAGUUAAUUAGAAAUUUGCGCCUAAAACAUUUUAGUGAGUGUCAAUAAAAUUUGUGCCAAUUGAUACAAGUCCUCCAAGAAAAUCCUCAAUUUUUGGCACAUUUUCUCAGCUCGAAAUGGAGAAGAAUUUUUCUGGAGCAUAGAAAUUUUGUAAUAUUGCAAAAUUGCAUUGUAGACUUUUUACAUUUUAAGAAUUUGUAAUUGAAAGUAAUUGAAUAAAUGAAAAAAUAAAUAAAA